CGUUGCGCUUGUUAAACAAUAUAUUGUUUCUAUAAUACAUGAAAUACUAUCAUCCGACAGAAAAUACAUUACUUGACUCUUCACGGUUAAACCGGUGUAGUUUUUGCGAAGAUAUAAACGCGGUCGUAAAUUAUUAUUGCGUUAAGCGACGGUACCUAUUGAUGUCCGUUGCACACAGACCGUGCGCGGCUUCCAGUUGUAUGAUUCGACGCAAUAAAACGGAAAAGGUCGACUAACUGCAGUUAGUUCGUUAACUACGAGGGUGAGCUUCAAAUGUAAAUUGCGGAAAGAACAGACCUGGAUUACGAAAAAUAUAAACAGUGUACAACAAAUUAAGAUGGAGGACACUCGGUACUAUGAUAAUCCAUUGGAAGAUUAUUCAGAUUUUACAUCGAUACCUUAUAUAAAUCGUGACACAAAGGAGAUUAAUGAAUAUUUUAAAAGAGCACUAUCUGAAUCCACAAAAAAAUUAUUGUAUCAAUUGGAAGAGAAGAAAAGUCAUUGGAUACACGAUCAUGAUAAUUCUGUAUAUACUGGAACUGCUGGGAUUGCGUACAUGUUUUAUCACUAUGGAAAAUGUUUUAAUGAACCUGCUUAUAUUCGUAAAGCAGCAAAAUUGUUAGGAACGAGUGUAAGUAAAUUCAGAGGUAGACGAGAGAUUACAUUUGUAACUGGCAUUGCGGGUCCGCUAGCUUUACAUGCAGUUGUUUCUCAUUCGGAAGGCAAUGAGAAGGAAUCAGAAAAUAUGAUAACUAGAUUAAAGUCACUGUCAUCUCAUGUCUUGGAUGAACGCAGUGAGUUAUCUGAUGAAUUGCUUUAUGGAAGGAUUGGAUAUCUAUUUGCCCUUUUAUUCGUAAACUCACACAUAUCUCCGCCGCCUGUCGAAGACGACAUUAUUAAGCAGGUCGUCACAAUCACAAUUAAAUCCGGAAAUAUAUACGCUGCGUCAACAAAAUACAAAACACCUUUAAUGUAUGCCUGGCAUGAUUCAGAAUACCUUGGUGCAGCACAUGGAUUAGGUGGAAUACUUUAUCUACUGUUACAAGCACGAGCAUACCUAACGCAGUCUCAAUUAGAAAAUGACAUAAAGCCAGCCUUAGAGUUUCUUCAAAGGUUACGGUAUCCCACUGGAAACUUUCCAUCUUCGAACGGAAGUACCACUGACAAAUUAGUGCAUUGGUGUCAUGGUGCACCUGGAAUGACUAUGUUAUUCUGUUUAGCUUAUGAGGUAUUCAAAGACGAACAAUACCUGAACACUGCUUUACAAUGCGGAGAAGUGAUUUGGGAAAGAGGACUGCUUAAAAAGGGAUACGGAAUAUGUCACGGAGUAGCCGGGAAUGCUUACACAUUCUUAUGCCUCUUCCAACAUACAAAGGAUGUAAGCCACUUGUACAGAGCAUGUAAAUUCGCCGAGUGGUGCAUGGAUUUCGGAACACACAUGACUACAAACCCUGACAGACAAUUUUCCCUAUUCGAAGGCCUGGCUGGUACCAUUUACUUUUUAAUCGACAUGCAAAACCCACUUUCCGCCAAACUUCCAGCGUAUACGGUGUAAAAUUGGAUUACCGAAAUUAUUGUUAUUCGUUUACCGAAAAAAAAUGUUCAACCGAUAUAUGAUUGAAUAACCAAUCAACUGAUUACCAUAAACGAUCUCACUUUUCUUAUUGAUGUGUGUGCAUUACAUGCGAGAACAUGUAACUUGAUGUAUCCUUUAUUGAUGAAUAAAUCGUUCGAUCUAUAGAUUCCAUUA